GCAUUCAUCUACACACAGUUUCAGGUCCAUGACAUGAAAAGCAAUAUUUCCCCGUAACGACGAGUUGCCUGGUGAGAGGCGCUAGUUCCCUAGGUGGCAGUGCUACUACAAUGAGGUAUGGGCUGAGCUGAGGUUGCUGAUGCUUGACCAGAGUCUGAUACGUUCAACCAAAUAGCCUACUAUCAGGAUAAUGCUUUGAACUCUCGGACUGCAAAAUUGGCUUGGAAGGAAUUAGAUGACGAGCUACCAUGAGUCAGGCUGAGACUGAGAUGCCGGCGAAUCGGCGUUCCCGCACGGUGAAGAGACGGUUGUGGAGGGGCCUGAGACAACAGUGGAAACUCCUCGGACUCUUUGAGAUCGACCAGCAGCAUGAGUUCUUCAGUCUAACCCAGAUGAUGAAGGAGGGCUUGUCAGGUGCUGUGCAGAACACCAUCGACAACCCACCUGCAGAUGAACUGUCUGAAGAUGAUUUCAAAAUGGAAGUCACUCAAGUACAUGAGGGUUUUCAGAUGGAGACAUUUGCAGGACCGGUGUUUGCUAGCCUUCGCCAUUCCUUGGGGAUGACGGAAAAGGACUACCAGCACUCCCUCUCUUCUGAAGGGUGCUACCUGCAGUUCAUCAGCAACUCCAAGAGCAAGGCGAACUUCUUCCUUACGAAUGACAAGAGAUUCUUCCUAAAGACACAAAACAAACGGGAAGUGAAAUUCCUCCUGUCAAACCUGAAGAUAUACUUGGCCCAUCUGGAGAGCUAUCCUCACUCUCUGCUGGUCAAGUUCCUGGGUGUCCACAGGAUCUCUAUUCCCCGUCAGAAGAAGAAGUACUUCAUUGUGAUGCAGAGUGUGUUUUACCCUGAUGAGAGAAUCAGUGCAAGGUAUGACAUAAAGGGCUGCCAGGUGAGCAGAUGGACAAACCCAGCCCCUGAGGGGGGGCAGGUUAUUGUGAUUCUCAAGGACAUGAACUUUGAGGGAAAGUACAUCUCCCUGGAUGAGCAGGGAGCCUGGCUGGCUCGACAAGUGAAAAUCGACACAGCCUUCCUGCAGACGCUCAACGUGCUUGACUACAGCUUCCUGGUGGCUCAUCAGCCCCUGCACAAUGAUGAGCGAGACCAGAGCCAUUCCUUCGCCACACUCAUCAUGCGCACCAAGAAGUCUGUGGAUCCAGGAUCCAGCCCCACCCAUGCAGGUGUUCCCUAUGUCCCGGGGGCAGUGCUGGAGGAGGACUCUCCCCUGCUGGAGUCAGAGACGCCCUGUGGAUCGGCCAGAUUCCGGAUCAAGGAGACACACCCCAGCGAUGGACUGAUCCCUCUACAGGAGCUUCAGGGUGGGGCUUCUGGGACCAGCGCAGACUCUGAGCUGCAGGAGUUCCAGGCCCAGAAUCGACGGCUGCUGCCCAACUUCAAGAACCCCCUACAUGUAAUUGAUGGGGAAGACCUGCGCUAUUUUGUGGGAAUCAUUGAUAUUUUCACUGUCUACGGCUUCAAAAAGAAGCUGGAGCACCUGUGGAAGAGGUUGCGAUACCCAGGCCAGGCCUUCUCGACUGUUAGUCCCCCGGCCUACGCCCGCAGGCUCUGCCAGUGGGUGCAGGACCACACCAAGUAGACCAAAGACACAUUGAGAUUAAGUUUAUGGUUGAGGAUUGGCCACCACAGUCACCCAAGUUCUUGGGUUGCUGCUCUUGUGGGAGCAUGAUUGUACCACUCUUGCCUUCCAAGUGUUUUAGUUCUCUCUUCCACAACCCCACACCUUGGAUUAGUUAAAACAGUAACAAGCUUUUAGCCAGUUCCAGCCCUGUCCAAGCGCUGUACCUGAUGGUAUAAUCAGGAAACAGAAGACAAGUCCUUUGUGUAAAUUCGCCAUAGUUAAUCCCAAACAGAACCGCAAAACAAUCUGAACCAGGUGCUACAGAUUGAUUAAUGUUGAAUCUAUGCAUGUGCGUGAACUCAGACAGAAAAGCCUCAAUGUUAAAAUGCUGCAGUCAAAUUGUUCUGGAAAACUUUCCUGCAUACUUCUAGGUUCUGUUUUAGUAGGAUGGGGUCAGGUAUAAUUUUUCAUGUUUGGUCUCCAAACCAGCUAUAAUCAGAUUUUGCCUUUCAUUAUUCAAAUUAAAUGAUGCAUGAAGAGAAAUAUCACAUUUAAAAAAAUGAAUGCUGUCUUUUAUUCAUUUAGCAUAUUUUGAAAAGAUUAAGAGACACAUUUUUGCCUUCUAGUCAAAGGUCCUGUCGGGAUUUGAGUCAAAUUUUAAGCACAUACAUAUAAUACACAGCUGGUUCUGCAAGCCUUGCUUAUUAAUACAGCAACAUUUUGAAUUUGUAUUGAUGCCUGGGCUGGCAGAGGUGUUGGUUUCUAAAAAUACAUUUUGUUUGUUCAUGUCCAUGUCCAUGUCCCAUGUCCAAAAUAGAUUAACCAUGGUAGGAUAUUUACAAUACAUGCACACCAUGCAUGACAACACACAAAACUAUUUUGUAUGUACAAUCUGUGUAUAGCACAGCCCUGGCUAUAGGGCAACUGCAUAUAACAUGGCUUUGCUCGUCCAACCAAACAGUAAACUCACAUACCCAUACUAUACAUAUAUGUUCAAGGAGGAGAACCUAGAACCAAGUAUUUCUUGACAUACACGUCUAGAUCCCUUGUUCAGAAAAUUAAUUUAAAUUAGAAUUCAAUUAAAUAUUCCUUGAGGAGUGAAACAAACUUGUCAAUUUGUGAGAAAGUAACUGUUUUUCUCACAAACUUGAAAUUAACUUAUUUCAAUGAAUAUCUCUCAUGGAUUUUAUAUGAAACUGUAGUUUAGAUAAGUGUGUGUUGUGUGAUGGAUUUUAGAAUUGAACAGGGAUGCUGUGUCACUAUCACACUGCCAUCUGUGUUUACCAUUGGGGGCAUGUUGCCUGUCUUUUGAAAAUGGCAAACAUUUAAUUGGUCAUCAGUAGGUCCCAUAUCUAUAGUAAAUGCUAUUUUAAGGUGCAUGUUUUCAUCUCAGAAUUGUUUUGCAAGAAAUACUUUGUGGCUGAUCUACAGUAAAUGGUUUGAGGCUCAUGUGGAAAUUACUAGUCUAAAGGACUGUGUGGGUUGGAGUGAUUGCAUUUCUUUCAUAAUGUAGACCCGUAGAUGAAUCAGAUUUUUUUUUUAUUUAAUCAUUACUCAUUGUAUUUAUUUACAUAGAAAGCCCAUGUACUGUAACCUUACUGGGACAUUAUGUAUUGUGGACCUAUGACUGUUGUAAGCUCUGAUUACUAAUAAAAUCAAUGAGCAUACUAUAUUGUGACACAAGAACAAAUUUGAACUACCAUAUAUCAAUCCGCUGUUUUCCGGUGCAGAUGAUGGAGUUUUUGUGGUUUGCAGGUAAGACUAAAAAUGAAUUAUUUACCAUCCACACUCCUACUUUCUGGUUUGUCAUGCCCCAGACUGUCAGGCAAACUGGCAAAUUAUUAUUUGUUCAGAAUGGUAUGUGCACUAAUGAGUUUGAACAAAAUGAACAAUAAAUAUUGUGGUAAAUAUAUGGUAAAAUAUGGUAAUAAAUAUCCUGAGUGAUAGCUUCA